AACGGCGUUUGCGGGGGCUUUUGACGGCGCUAGUUAAAACUUCACACCCAAUUGCAAGCAAUAGGUGGGCGAGCUCCCGGCUUGGCGAUGGACUCCUUUUCGUCGCUCAGCGCCUCCCUCUAAGCGCCUUGGGCUAGGGUUUCGCGGCGAGGAGGGGUUGCGCUCCACGGCUGGGCGCUAGGGACGGGCAGGGGCUCGGAAUAUCGUGUUCUUGGAGGGGAUUAGGCGGGGUUGUGCGUUCUUGUUGGAUUUCUCGGGCAAAGGGGCUUGGAUUUGGGACAAGGAUGUGUUACGAGCGGCUUGGCUCGUAGAAGGCGAUGUUGUCCUCUUCGCAAACGUAUGGGCAGCUAGGGACGAUGAUGCACCGCCCUACUCCUCAGCGUCCACAGCCCAAUCAUGGAAACACUAAUGCACUAGACUCGGAGGUAUGGCAUGCAUGCGCAGGGCCACUUGUGUGCCUCCCCCGUGUAGGAGAUCGGGUGGUUUAUUUCCCUCAGGGUCACAUAGAACAGGUAGCGGCAUCCACAAAUCAGAGCGCGGAUAUGCAAAUGCCGCAUUACAAUCUCCCCUCCCAGAUUUACUGCCGACUUCUAAACUUAACGCUGGGAGCGGACCGUGAGACUGACGAGGUUUUUGCUCAGAUGACACUAGUUCCCGAGAACGAGCAAGGAGAUCAGUCGAUUGAUACCGAAGAUGAGCUAUCACCGUGUCCAAAGAGGAAGCUGUCCAUGUUCUGCAAGAACUUGACGUCCUCGGACACAAGCACGCACGGAGGGUUUUCGGUGCCACGGAGGGCAGCGGAGGAGUGCCUACCUCCUCUAGAUUAUCAGCAGUCGCCUCCAGCUCAGGAGCUGGUGGCCAAGGACUUGCACGGUGUGGAAUGGAAAUUCAGGCACAUCUACCGAGGACAGCCAAGGAGGCAUUUGCUUACCACCGGCUGGAGCGUGUUCGUCAGCCAGAAGAAACUUGUAGCUGGCGACGCAGUGCUCUUCCUGAGGGGAGACAAUGGAGAGCUACGGAUUGGAGUUCGGCGUGCCGUAAGGCAGCAAAACAGCGUUACAUCGUCAUCCUUGUUAUCCAGCCAUAGCAUGCACUUGGGUGUUCUUGCUGCAGCCGCCCAUGCAGUUUCAACAAAGACUAUGUUCACGAUCUUCUACAACCCACGAGCAAGUCCUGCGGAGUUCGUUGUCCCUUACCACAAGUAUGUCAAGGCUUUUACUCACAACUUGUCUGUCGGGAUGCGAUUUAAGAUGAGGUUCGAAACGGAGGAGUCAUCCGAGCGACGAUAUAUGGGAACUAUAACUGGGGUGGGAGAUAUCGACUCGGAUAGAUGGAUCAACUCCAAGUGGCGCUGUUUGCAGGUUGGCUGGGAUGAGCAGACCGCAAAUGAAAGACAGGAGAGAGUAUCGCCAUGGGAAAUCGAGCCGUUUAUAGCACCCAACGUUGCCAACCCUCCUACCACGCAAAGGGUGAAAAAGUUCCGGCCGAACACUCCAGCCAACGAAUUUCCGACAGGCAAGAACAACUCAGAUUCUGCCCAAGCGAUGCAUAUGAGGGCCUUGCAAGGAAGUCAUGCGCUGGGUAUGCCCUCCAAAGAGGAGGAAGGACUCCGAGGAUCGUCCCCGUUUGCUGUUUGGCCAUACAACCGAGACGAUCUUAAAGGUGAAAGCUGGAUACAGUUGCGGACGGCAGAUGCACCAGUGAUGGAUAUGUUCGGAAAUAUUAUUGCCCCCGCUGGACGGCAUAUGGAUUCCAGCAACGUUGAGAUGCACCAGCAGCUGAGGCAUUGUCUGCAGCAGCUAAGGGACCAGAAGAGCUGCCACUUCGACGCAAGCAAUUCUCAGGUCCAACUGAGCCCGAGGCUAUCAUCUUUCUCACCGUAUCAGCAAGGUGACGCUGCAGACCUGCACCUUUCUACACCGAGGCCGACAAACCACGGCGUGGUGCGGGAUAGUUCUUGGCUCUCACCUCUGGGGCCAACACAAACAGAUGCACAGGCCUACGUUGCAGCCGACACGACGCUAUCUAUGCAGUUUUCAAAGUCGGAAAUGACGACCGAGCGCAUGCAUAUAGAUUCCAACCCAGAUCACGAACCCCGCGAGCACAGCUGCAAGAUAUUCGGCUUCUCUCUGAUCGAAAAGUCGCCGCCAGCGGCCAGCAGGAACCCCGAGGAGGCGAGGUUGAAUCCUUCGAGGGGCGGAGAACAGAUGACGAGGUGUUCGGGCAGAGCCGGGCCGUCGGCUGGAAAUGGGAGCCUCGAGCACGAGCGGUGUGCCUCGAGGCCAGCCUCAGCUUGGUCGCUGAGAACUUGCACGAAGGUGCACUUACAAGGCGCUGCUGUUGGCCGUGCCGUCGACUUGUCCAAGUUCAGUUGCUACUCGGAGCUGCUUCUAGAGCUACAACAGUUGUUUGGACUGGACAAUGCACUGGAUGACCCCGACAGCGGUUGGCAAGUUGUUUACACCGAUAACGAAGGCGACAUGCUGCUUGUGGGUGACGACCCUUGGCAGGAGUUUUGUAACAUGGUUCGCAACAUUCGCAUCCUGUCGCCGGCGGAGGUGGAGAAGCUGACGCAGGGCGCCCUCGGCAAGAGCGCUGUUGUGGAGGAGGAGCCGUCGACGAGGGAUGCGUCCAAGCUCUCGGACCACCAGGAUUCGUCGUCGCCGCCCGCGAUCUCCACCAAGGGGGCCGCCUCGGAUCUCUAACCCCGUGUCCUCCUUACGAGCACUGUAUGAUUUUUGCGUGGUAAGUUUCACAAGGGACAACUUUCCAGGUUUAAUCGAUGGCAACAUCUCGAGAGACACAAGCCCAAGAAGAAGAUGAUUCUUAGGUGGUGUAGAACGAACGAAGAACGAGCGAGACGAAAACAAAAAAAGAGAGAGAGAGAAAGAGAGUCUGCUGCUACUGCCAACUUUUAGAUGUAUGUGCCUUCUACUCUUGUUUGAGUGCUCCAUGUACAAAAACUGGUGCUUAAGUUCUUUUGUGUAAAUGGGAUAUUUGGGUUUUAAGAA